CCUCAGCGAGCAGGCAUGGCGGCCUGCAUGGUAGGAAGCUACGUAGCCGCGAUGAACCUGGCCGGGAGUUUUCGAGCCGCCAGGACGCUGCUCCCCGCGUCGCCCUCCGUUGUCUGCCGGGUCCGUGCCGGGCCCGGCCGGCAGCACAGCACUGGGCCUUCCGAGCCUGGCGCGUUCCAGCCGCCACCGAAACCGGUUAUCGUGGACAAGCGUCGCCCGCCGGGCCAGGAAACCAGGUUUUUGAGUCCUGAAUUCAUUCCUCCAAGGGGAAGAACAGAUCCUCUGAAAUUUAAACUAGAAAGAAAAGAAAUGUUAGAAAGGAGAAAAGUACUCCACAUUCCAGAGUUCUAUGUUGGAAGCAUACUUCGUGUUACUACAGCUGACCUAUAUGCCAGUGGAAAAACCAGCCAAUUUCUAGGGAUUUGCAUCCAGAGAUCAGGAUCAGGCCUAGGAGCUACUUUUAUCCUUAGAAAUACUAUUGAAGGACAGGGUAUUGAGAUUUGCUUUGAACUUUAUAAUCCUCGAGUUCAGGAAAUCCAAGUGGUCAAAUUAGAGAAACGGCUGGAUGAUCGUUUGCUGUACUUAAGAGAUGCCCUUCCUGAAUAUAGCACUUUUGAUGUGAAUAUGAAGCCAGUGUCACUAGAGCCUGGCCAAGAAGUCCCUGUUAAUAAGCUGAAAGUCAAAAUGAAGCCUAGGCCCUGGUCCAAACGAUGGGAACGUCCAAAAUUUAAUAUUAAAGGAAUCAGAUUUGAUCUUCAUUUGACUGAGGAACAAAUGAAAGAAGCUCAGAAGUGGAGUCAGCCAUGGCUUGAGUUUGAUAUGAUGAGGGAAUAUGAUACUUCAAAAAUUGAAGCUGAAAUAUGGGAAGAAAUUCAAGCGUCAAAGAACUCCUGAUUUGAAAAUGAAUUUGGUUCCUUGCAGAGGAUAUAUUUGACUCUGAGAGGAUUUAUUUUGAGACCAGUUUAAUUUCAUUUAUAAGAACAUAGUCAUUAUGGCCGGGCGCGGUGGCUCACGCCUGCAAUACUAGCACUCUGG